AUUUCCUCUCAUAUAAAUUUCAAAAUAAUUUAUUUAUUUACUUAAUAUAAUAUUUGAACUGCUAGUUUUUUUAUUCAAAUUAUUAACGAGAUAAGCUUAUUUUUGCUGAUGAUAUUGAUUUCAGUUGGUUGAUACUUUGAGCAGCAUUAAAAAUUUUGAAAUGGAUCAAUUGUUAGGUGAAGAAAUAAAUAAGCCAAUAGUUCAUGUCAAUGAUGAUAAUAAUGAUAAUGAUGAUGAUAAUGAACAAAAGAAUAAUGGUAUUGAAAAAUUAUCUCAUGUAGAACAUGAAAUAAUAAAUUGCGUUGCUAAAUCAUCAGCUGUAUUUAAAUGUCAGCAUAAAGAUGAGCCGGAAUUGUCAGUUGAUGAGAAGAAAAACAUAGCUUGGGAUUUGUUGAGUAAAAGUCCCGUUCAGUUUCUAUCACGAUUCGGUAGAUAUUUAAAUAACGAAUUGUUAAAGUACUUUGAAACUGAUGAUGAUAAAAAUGAUUAUGAGAUCGCGCAUUAUAUAAAUAAACUUAAGAGAUAUUUUGAUAGUACGAGCAGAGAAAUAGACAAAAAGAAUAGACGGUAUGAAGCUUUGAAGCUAUUAGUUGAGAAAGGGGAAUAUUUUAGCGAGACUGCUAUGAUGAAACGUAAUCCUCUGCUUUAUGAUAAUUUAGUUGGCCAGUAUUUGACUGAUGACCAGAAAAGGGAAAGAGAUUGUGCUGGUACUGAUGAUCACACUUUGGUUGAUGUACUCAUGCAAGGCAUUGAACGUGAUCAGGUUGAAAGGUUGAUGCAAAGGCAGGAAGAUGAUGAGAAUGAAGUUAUGGAGGAAAAUGAUUCUGAUUCUGAUUCAGAGUCUGAUGACUGUAAAAAUAAAUUAAAACUUAAAUCUAAAACUGUUUUAAAAAAUAAUUUACGGUGGGGUGAAUUACCUGACGGAAACUUACGCAGUAAAUCUGCAAAUGUAAAUACUUUUGAUGAUUCUGAUGAGUCGACAACAGAAAAAAAUAAUUUAGCUUUAGGUAACAAUAAAUCACAUGGAAAAAAUAUUAAGACAAAGGAAAUAAAUAUUUUACGUAAAGAAUUUGUUACUCAUAUGUAUCAAAAUUUUUUAAAUGGACAUGACAAAGAAUUUGACUAUAGUACUGUUGAUGACAAUGAGGCGUACGAUAACGUGGAGUUGAGAACUCAGGAUGAAGAAGAAAAGUACUUUGACUCUGAAUCACCGGAACUGAUUAAUUCACCGAGUGUCCAACAGUCUCAGGACGACUCUGAAGAUGAGCUGGAUAAAUAUAUGAACUCGCUCAAGCCGAUGACACCAGUGAUGUCGGGACUCGAGGAGCAGGAGAAAUUGCUCGAGGACGCUAUUGGAGUUGUCAAGGUCCAGGCCUUCCAAAUGAAGCACUGCUUGGACAACGCCAAACUGAUGGAUGCUUUGAAACAUGCAUCUACAAUGCUUGGUGAACUGAGGACAUCUCUUUUAAGUCCCAAAAGUUACUACGAGCUGUACAUGGCGAUAACUGAUGAAUUGAGACACUUAGAAUUAUAUUUACUAGAUCAGUAUCAAAAGGGAAAAAAGGUUACGGAUUUAUAUGAAUUAGUUCAGUAUGCAGGGAAUAUUGUUCCUCGUUUAUAUUUACUUAUUACAGUUGGAUUAGUUUACAUAAAAACGAAUCCGUGCUUGAAAAGAGAUUUGCUGAGAGAUUUAGUUGAGAUGUGUCGUGGAGUACAACAUCCACUGCGUGGUUUAUUUUUGCGUAAUUAUUUAUUACAAUGCACGCGUAAUAUACUGCCUGAUGUUGCUGAAGGAGAUGAUGAAGAAGGAACUGUCCGCGAUAGUAUUGAUUUUGUUUUGAUGAACUUUGCUGAAAUGAAUAAACUGUGGGUUCGUAUGCAACAUCAAGGUCACAGUCGUGAUAAAGAACGACGUGAACGUGAACGAGAAGAGUUAAAGAUUCUUGUUGGUACUAAUCUUGUAAGAUUAAGUCAACUAGAGUCAGUGACUCUUGAGAUUUAUAAAAAACUUGUAUUGCCGGGAAUAUUGGAGCAAGUUGUCAGCUGUAGAGAUGCUAUUGCUCAAGAAUAUCUUAUGGAGUGUAUUAUUCAAGUAUUUCCAGAUGAAUUUCAUUUACAAACACUCAAUGCAUUUUUAAAAUCAUGUGGUGAAUUACGCAAUGGUGUUAAUGUUAAAAAUAUAAUAAUAUCAUUGAUCGAUCGUCUUGCGACGUUUAGUCAACGGUCUGAUGGUGUAGGAGGACCCGGUAGUCCAAGUCAAGCUCCAGGGAUCCCACAAGACGUCCAACUAUUUGACGUUUUUAGUGAUCAAGUUGCUACUAUUAUUCAGACCAGGCAAGAUAUGCCGCCGGAGGAUAUUGUUUCACUACAAGUUGCAUUGAUAAACUUGGCCCAUAAAUGUUAUCCAGAUCGUGUCGAUUAUGUAGACAAAGUAUUAUUUACAACAGUACAAAUUUUCCAGAAAUUAAAUGUAGAAAAGUUGGAAUUCAAUAGUGCUGUGUCAAGAGAAUUAUCUAGACUGAUGAAAAUUCCUGUUGACAAUUACAAAAAUAUAUUAACUGUUUUGAAAUUAGAAAAUUACGCGCCGUUACUUGAGUAUUUUGAUUACGAAGGAAGAAAACUGUUGGCUGUCUAUAUAAUAACAAAUAUAUUGGACAAUGAAACAUUGAUACCGACUCAAGAGCACGUGGACUCUGUUCUAUCUAUGAUUGCGCCGCUAGUUCAAGACCAACCGGACCAGCCGAAUAUUGAAGAGGAUCCUGAAGAUUUUGCCGAAGAGCAAGGUCUUCUUGGACGUCUUAUUCAUCACUUUAAAUCUGAAACUGCUGACCAACAAUAUUUGAUUUUGAGUGCAGCGAGAAAACACUUUAGCGCUGGUGGUAAUAAGAGGAUUAAAUAUACUCUUCCAGCAAUUGUUUUUCAGGCUUAUCAACUUGCUUUUACUUACAAAGCCAUACAAGAUCAAGAUGAUAUGUGGCAGAAAAAAUGUCAAAAAAUAUUUCAAUUCUGUCAUACAACAAUAUCUGCUCUGAUGAAAGCUGAACUUGCUGAAUUACCACUACGAUUAUUCCUCCAAGGUGCUCUGGCUAUUGGAGAAAUACGUUUUGAUAAUUUUGAAAUGGUCGCUUAUGAGUUUAUGAGUCAAGCUUUCUCGAUAUAUGAAGAUGAGAUAAGUGAUUCAAAAGCUCAAUUAGCUGCAAUAACAUUAAUAAUUGCCACGUUCGAACAAAUGAGCUGCUUUAGUGAAGAAAACGCUGAGCCAGUAAGAAACCAGUGUGCUCUUUAUGCCAGUAAAUUAUUACGAAAACCAGAUCAAUGUCGUGGAGUCGCUACAUGCUCUCAUAUAUUUUGGUCAGGAAAAUCUUUAGCAACUGGCGGAAAAGAGAUGCAAGACGGGAACAAAGUUCUAGAUUGUUUGAAAAAAGGGAUACGAAUUGCCAGUCAGUGUAUGGACACUUCUGUCCAAGUACAACUUUACGUAGAAUUGCUCAACCAUUAUAUUUAUUUUUAUGAAAAAGGAAACUCGUCUGUGACUGUACAAAUUUUGAAUCAAGUAAUAGCAAAAAUAAAAGAAGAAUUACCGAAUUUAGGAGUAAGUGAAGAGACGGAACAAAUCCAAAAACAUUUGGCAAACACUUUAGAACAUUUAAAAAAUAGAAUGAAGCUCUCAGAGUCCGAAGCACUCAUACAAGCAUACAACGACCUUGUUUUAUAAUUUAAAUAACUUUUAAAAUUUUAAUUUAUAUGUGAUUUUGUAAAUAUACAAGCAACUACGAAUUCAAGUCUUACGUUUUUAUGUAAAUUAGUAAUUUGAGAUUCAAAAGUAUUGAUCAUGUUCGGGAAUCUCUCUUGGGUACUAAUCUGUCAUAAAUUUAUAAAACUUAUACAUUUAUUUUUUUUAUUACAAAUAAUAGUAAUUGUAAUUAUCAUUAAACUUUAUAAAAAAAGUUUUAAUAUUAUUAUCAUGAUUUUUAAAGAAAAAUUUUGAUAAAGUUGACACUUGAAAAUA